AUGAUGGGUCCCAAUCCCAAUUUAGAAUUGCCCACUUAACAGGUUAUUUGGUAAAGAUCUGUUGAUGCAGUGUUUGGUAAUUGUGUUACUAAGACACAAUGUAUUCCUGUAUAGUUAAAUGAGCCCCUAGUUAAGAAAACCAGACACGACUGUUUAUUGUUAUUUAURGGCCGCAUCAUUCUUGUUUCUCACUUCAGUCUUUCAUCACACUUAUCUUCACAGAUGGUGUUAAAGCACUCCGUACCAGUGAGUGGUCCAACGCCACUGCUCCUGUGUUGCAGGAAGUGCUAUGUGCAAUCAUCUGGUGGCCCUUUACCAGACAGCGCACUACUCUCAACUAAACAUUCCUGCUGCACCACCAGUUCACAGCUGCACAGACACAGAACAGCGUUGGCACGAGCCAAGAACACUUGGUGUGAAGCCAGGUCCGGUUGAUGGGAUAGAGUUCCAUAAACCUACUAACUCGUGUGAUGAUGGAAUAAGAAGUUCUCUCUACAAAGCACUCAAUGGAUACAUGCCUGACAUGGACCUUCUCCGCGUCUCAGAAACGUAUUCCAACUUUUCUCCAUUUACUGCCCCUCUUGUGACAACAAUGGAAAUGUCAGCUGCCGAUGCCCCUUCUCCACUAAUACUUCCAUUAGAYGGCAACAGGCUUCAGUCUUCCCAGUGUGCUUACGUCCUUAGCCAUCAGGAGCAGUUCCACGUCAAGGCAUUGGAGACAACCUACGAGAUGUCACACAAAGUCGAGGUUGCUACAAGGGAGCAGAGCAGCAGCCCGGAAUGGCAUCAGCUAAGGAAAAUGAGAAUAACAUCCUCUCGUUUCCGAGAGGUUUGCCAUGCCCGGGGAGAGACCUCAGCUGACCGCCUAGCUGAGCGGAUGUUCAAGGGAUCUGGUGUACAGACYGUGGAGAUGAAGAGGGGGCUAGCCAUGGAGCCAGUGGCUGUACAGGAGUAUUGCACACUAAAGAAUGUUAACUUCUUUCCGUGUGGCUUCGUAGUGCACCCAGAUGGUSCGUGGUUAGGAUCCUCUCCAGAUGGCAUCAUAUUUGAUCCCAGUGUGAGACCACAUUUUGUACUCUUAGAGGUCAAGUGCCCAAAUGUACCAAGUUAUGUUGACUGCCCUUACCUGAAGAUACAGAAUGGAGAGCUGAAGUUGAAGAGAUGUCAUGCUUACUACUGGCAGGUGCAAGGUCAAAUUCUUCUCACAGGUUGUAGCUGGUGUGACUUUGUCAUCUGUGCACAGGAGGACAUCCUAGUUGAAAGGAUAUAUAAAGAUCUACAGGUUUCAAAAACUAUAAGAGAGAAGGUUGACCACUUUUAUUUUUACCACUACUUGCAGAAGUGUCUCUUGCACCUGAAUGAAUCCCCAGCAUGGGUGCCAAGUUUAGUUGUUUCAUGAAAAAUAAGUAUUGAUG